AUGGAGGCCAGCGCCAUCAAUGGCCGACCCGCAUCGCCGGAACCCGACCCGGACUCCGAACUCUUCUACCCUGAAGACUUCGACAGCACCUGCUCCACCCCCUUCGUCAGCGCUCCCUCCAGCCCCGGCCGCAAUGGCGGAGGCGGCUUCUUCUACAGCUGUCCCGCGAGCCCAAUGCACUUUGCCAUCACUUCCGCGGCAGCUCACCGCCGCUCCUCGUACGACGACGACGACGAUUUCGACGGCAUGGGGUGCGAGUUCGAAUUCUCGGCGAGAUUCGGAUCUGUUGGGCCCGGUCACACCGGAUCCAUGAGCUCGGCCGACGAGCUGUUCUUGAACGGCCAGAUCCGGCCCAUGAAGCUCUCCACUCACCUCGAGAAGCCCCAAGUCCUCGCGCCGUUACUGGAUCUCGACGAGGAGGGUGAAGAAGAAGGAGAAGAGGCAGAGCUCGGCGGUAAUAAGAAAGGAUUUCACGGCGAGAGCAGAGGGCGAGAUCUGAGACUCCGGAACAAAUCUCUCCGGCGGAGAACCAGAUCUAUGUCGCCGCUCCGAUCCUCGUCGUUCGAGUUCGCCGACGACGACGGCGGCGGAGAGGGUGAAACGAGAAAGAAGAAAACAGGGGAAGGGGAGGAGGAAGGAGAAGAGGCCGCCGCCGCCAUGGAUUCCGCAGUAGACGAGCCGAACUCGAUGUCGGCGUCUUCUUCUUCGACAUCGAGAUCUUCAUCAGCUGGUAGGAAUUCGAAGAGAUGGGUUUUCCUCAAGGAGUUUCUCUACAGGAGUAAGAGUGAAGGAAGGAGCAAUACCAAGUUCUGGUCCAACAUUUCCUUCUCACCAUCGAAGGAAAAAAAGGGGAAUAGCAGAAGCAACUCUUCUUCUUCUUCUUACCGUGGCAGAGAGAAAGGAAUUAGUAAUGAAGGUUCUUCAGAGAAAGUUGGGGGAAGUAAUAAUAACAAUGGCGGAAGUGGGAAGAAGCCAGUGAAUGGAUUGGGGAAGAAGAGAGUGCCAGCAGCUUCACCGCACGAGCUGCAUUACAAAGCGAGCAGAGCUCAAGCUGAGGAGAUGAGGAAGAGGACAUUCUUGCCGUACAGGCAAGGCUUGCUUGGUUGCCUAGGGUUCAGCUCAAAAGGGUAUGGAGCCAUGAAUGGAUUCGCCAGAGCUCUGAAUCCAGUCUCUUCCAGGUAA